UGUAAUCGAUAUAUUUAGGUUUACCACAUCUUAUCAAAGAGAAGUCUGUUUAAUCACAAUGACAUUUCUAUUACUAACAGCUGUUUUAGUGGUGAGUUUAGCAGCUCAUUUGGUGCAAACAUUGACCACGGGGUGUGGCUGCUCUCUGGAGACCAGGCUAUUGGCUAUUUUAUGUGGUGAGUACAGCAAUGCUGGAGAUAUCGGGCGGUUACGUCAAGGUCAAGCACACGAUGAAGUGACCUUUGUGUUUCAGGAAGUUGAUGUUCCAGCUCUACAGCAUAACAGGGUGAUUUACUUUGAAGAAAAACUGAACUCGGUCGUACUGAGACAAGAGGUUUUGGUAUUGGACAGGACUGUUUACGGUGCUGUCAAGUUAUCGGUUCACAACUUCAACCUUCCUGCUGAAUCUGGAAACUUUAGCGUGUCUCUUCUACACGACCUGCCCCUAUCCGCCUUCACAUCCCGACCUGACUGUGUGACCGUAUACAGACCAGUAGAGUACAACUUAUUCGUUGGCAUUUAUCCAGACUGCUCUGGACGGCUACAACUGCAAACCAUACCGCACCCUUUUGUGCUUAGUUGUAACGCCAUCUCUGUUGUGGGGAGAGUUAAAUUCUCUCUCGAGUCUGCAAGCAACAUCCCAUACUCUGUUUGGAAAAUAAACAGCUUGCCACUGAAGUCUUACGGUAAUUGUGGUGAAUCAAUCUUAGAAGAACUGUGUACCUGUUGA